AAAAAAAUAUUUUUAUAGAAAUUGUUUGAUAUAAAGAGAUAUGUUAUGUGCUAUUAAUGGUAUUUCUCCAGAAAAAGUUGUGGAAGAGAUUUCAAGUUUGAUGGAGAUAACCAAGUUUACAAGAUUUAUUAAGCGAUAUUGGGUAGUAACACUAUUCCCAGGUUUUACCAUAACUGCUAUUUCUGCAGAUCUGUGGCGUACUCAUCAGUGGAAGAAACGUUUAGCUGCAGAAGAACAAUUUAAUGUAAAUAAUUAAAAUGCUAAAAAAAUUAUCAUUGGUACAACAACAAAUUAUUGCUACUAGUGGCUUUAUAAUCAUAGCAAUAACUGGACGCUAUCUUUACAACUAUUAUUCUGGACUAACAAUGUCAAGUUUUCGCGAUAAAUCAGCUUUAUAUGGAAGAGAGUUAAAACCUGGAGAACCUCCAUCUUGGCCAUAAUUUACUUCUAUGUUAUAUGUUGUAUGCAUAUAUUUUAUAAAAAUAAUUAUAGCUAUAAAAAAUAAAUGAGUAGAAAGAAGUAAUAAAUUAUGUAAGUUAUAA